AUGAACAUUGCUCCACAGGUUGCUGUCGAGACGUUUGAAUAUGAUGGAAAUCAGACGAUGUGAGUUUUUUUUGGCGGGGGGAAAUUUGAAUUUGGCGGUGAAAAUCAGGGGAAAUACGUGGAUUUUUGAGCGCGAAAAGUUUAUGGCAAAAUAUCGAAUUUCACCUGCAAAAUUCAGUUUUUCUAUAGAUUUCUAGAAAAAAAUAGUUUUGAGCGGAAAUUCGAUGAUUUUUGCUUUCAGAAAUUUAAUUUCAUUCAAAAAUUCAUCAAAAUUGUAGGAAAUUUCAAAAAUUUGGCCAAAAUUUGACCAAAAUUGCCGGAUUGACUGAAUUUUUAUCACUUUCUGACCAAAAAAAUGAAUUUGUGAAUUUUUAAGCUUAAUUUUUGAGCGCGAAAAUGUUUUUUUAGUCGAAAAAUUUAUGGCAAAAUAUCGAAUUUCACCUGCAAUUCUUUUUGAGCUAUGAGUGUUUUAUAUAGAUUUAAAAAAAUAUACAUAAAUAUUUGUUUUUGAGCGGAAAUUCGAUGAUUUUUGCUUUUAGAGAUUUAAAUUCAUUCAAAAAUUAUAGGAAAAUUGAAAAAUUAGUGCAUUUUUUAACCAAAAAUCUCGGAUUUAUGUGCUCCAAAAUUAAUUUUGGUCCAAAAAUUAGCUUAAUUUCUGCGAAAAUAUUUUUUUCAUUUUUUAUUUCCCAAAAAACUUCUUCAAAAAUUCGUAGAUAAUAUCGGAUUUUAUCUGCAAAAACCGGAUAUUUCUAGGCCCAAAAAUUCAUAUUUUUUUAAAUAAAAAAUCAAUUUUGGACUUGAAAGAUUAAGAAUUUUCUAUGAAAAAGUCUAAUCCUAUAAUUUUUGACAAAAAAUUGAAUUUCUCUCCAAGAAAGUACAGAUUUUUGAACUUUUUUUCACAAAAAUUCCCAUUUUUCGUACUUUUUUCUCGUAUUAUUUGUUUAUUUUGUCAGAGAGAAGAAGAAGGAAAAGAUGACUCCACCACUUUUUGAUUUUUAUUUUUAUUGAUUUUUGCGGUGUUGAGAAUUCUAUUCACAAAAAACAUAUAACCAUAAAAGUUCGUAUCAAACUUUUUUUUUCGUACAUCGAAAUCAAACUUUUUUUUUUUAGUUUUUAUCAGGGGAAAAUGAUAAAUUUUGAAUUUUUUUUUUGAGAAUGGGGGAAAAUGUUGUCUGGGGCUUGAUUUUUAGCGCUAGAAUUCUGAAAAAAAACUUCCCUGAAAUUUGAAUCUUGAAAUUUCGCGGGAAAAAUGAAUAACAAAUCCACGUGGCAUUUCUUGGCGUGAAAUUUGAUUUUUUUUUGUUUGAAAAUGUUUUUAGACAUCAAUUUUCCUGGCCAUCAAAAAUCCACGUGGAUUACCUUAAAUUUUAUUUUUCAAAAAAGUUUUCCAAAAAUUUGAAUCUUGAAAUUUCGCGGGAAAACAAAUAUUUCAAAUUUUAGAAUUUUCGCGCGAAAAUAUUCAAGAAAUCCACAUGGAAUCGGAAUUUAUACAAAAAAAGUAGAAAUUUUUUUUAAUUCGAAAAUUCCACGUUGCAAAAAAACAGCUGAACAAUUUCUAAAAAAUUGGAAUCUUGAAAUUUCGCGGGAAAACAAAUAUUUCAAAUUUUCAAUUUUUUGCGCGAAAAUAUUCAAGAAAAUCCACGUGGAAUCGGAAUUUAUACAAAAAAAAAUAAUGUCUUUUUUUAAAUUCUGAAAAAUUCCACGUGGCAAAAAAAACAGCUGAAAAGUUUUCCCAAGAAUUUGAAUCUUGAAGUUUUGCUCCCCAAAAACUUGAAUUCCAAAUUUUUGGCAGAAAAUUUAAAUUUUUUGAAAAUAUUCCGAUUGUGCUAGAAAAUCUGUAACUCAAACUUUCUGAGUUUUUAGACAUAUAAUCCACGUGUAAAUUAUUUUCAAAAAAAACUAAUUUUUUUCUUCUAAAAAACCCUUUUCCCAUGUUUUUUGAUCUUUUAUUAAAAUUUUCUGCCCAGUGCUUUCAAAAAUUGCUCACACGUAUGUAUCUUUGAUGCUGAUCUGAUCAGCUGCCAAAAAAACACACACACACAAAUUCAUGUUAAUUCCAAUUUUACGUAAGGGCGGUCUCCUUGGCGACAGCCCAAAACCAAAAAAAAAAUUAUAUUAUCACCGCGACACUUUUUCGUUAAUUUGUAGUAGUGGUUUUUAAAAGAUACCACGGGUUUUCCCAAAAUUUCGAAAUUAUUUUUUGAAAAAAAAAAUUGAGUGUGUGUCAUUAUCAAAUAUUUGAACUUGCUGACUCACUUUUUUUUCUCCCAAUUUUUUUUCGGAAAAAUUUUUGGUCUUUUUUUCAUAAAAUUGGGAGAAUCGAUUGUUUUUGUGUUUUUUUUGUAUUUUACACAAAAAAACGACGAUUUGCAUAGUUUUUGACGUAGUUUUUUUUGAAAGUCACAAGUUUUUUCUAUUAAUUUUCCCAAGAACUCUUCAAAACAAAAAUAAAAAUCAAUAAUCAUUGUUAUCAUGUCAAACAACAAUAAUAAUAUGUGACUUAUGUGGAGAGAGACGUAGAAAAAUCAUAAAUACUUUUAUUUGCUCUCUUAUCAAUUCGAGUUCUCCCCGUUUUUUCCCCAUUUUACUUUUGAAAUUUGAAAAAAACCGAGUUUUACUGUUUGAAAAUUGAUUUCUUUGACGAAAAACUUGAAUUUUCCUUAGUUGAAAAUUAGUUUUUCGAGUUUUUCAGCUAAAAAUGAUGAGAUUUUUGAAGCUUCUGGAGUGAUUUUUGAUGAAAAUCAGCUUUUUUUUCGAAAUUCAUCAGCAAAAACUUUUGAAAAGUGAAUUCCAAGGUCAAUUUUCAUCAGAAAUCACUCCAGAACCUUUGAAAAUCUCGAUUUGUUAUCAUUUUUGACUAAUUUUGACCUACAAUGUUUUUUCGACAUUUUUUUACUUUGGGACGCUGAAAUUCAGAUUUUUUAAAUCUAAAAUUCACCCUGGGACUUUGAAAUUUGAAUUUUCCACCUAAAAAAUCGUGAAAAAGUCCACGUGGAAAAAUCUUCCGAAAAUCCACGUCAUAACUCGUUUUUGGCCUCCUACUUGUUGACUUUUCAAAAAAUGCAACUAUAAAAUAUGCGAAAUGUUUUCUCUGAAAAAAAAUCCGAUUAAAAAUUGGCAUGACUCAUAACUAACUUUUUUUGCAAACUUUUGCGCCGCCAAAAAUAAAACUUCCUCAAUUCAGAUAGCAAAUAUUUGACGAGCAAAAAUCUAAGAUUUUGCUCCCCAGAAAAAAAGAGCAAAAAAUUAGAGCAAAAAUAAAAUAAAAUCUCUGGCGUGUGACGUCAAAACCCAGAUUUUAUUUUAAAUAAUAAAUAUCUUCCCAAGAUUUUAUUUAGCCAUUUUCAUUUUUUAUGUCACACAGAAUUUGUGAGUCUCUUUUUUCAGCCACUCGAAAUUUUCAGCCAAAUCUGAAAAAUAUUUUUGGUUUUCCAGAAUGUCCUCUGCGUCUUCGAGUAAUGGUUUGGUUUCAAAUAAUAAUUUAUCAAAUAUUGUCAGCACUUUGGAUCAAGGUAAUCUAGAAAACCUCGGAAAUUUUCAGCAUUUUUUUCUGAAUUUCAGAACAUUAUGCUUCGACGGAUUUCUACAUCGGUCUAGGUUUGGCAGUUUCUUCAUCGCUUUUUAUUGGAAGCUCGUUUAUCAUCAAAAAGAAGGCGUUAAUAAAGGUUUGCGGCGCGGUUUUGUGGGCGGAGCUUUGUUAAAUUCUUGUUUUGCAGCUCGCCGGCGGUGAUAUGUCACAACGUGCCAGUGAAGGUGGCUACGGUUAUCUGCGAGAAUGGCUUUGGUGGAUGGGUGUGAUAACGAUGGGCAUUGGUGAGGCGUGCAAUUUUGCCGCCUAUGCUUUUGCACCCGCAUCGCUUGUUACACCACUUGGCGCUCUUUCGGUUAUUGUGACGUGAGUUUGGGUUUUUUAAUGUUUUUUAGGUGUGAACUUGCGAUUUUUAAUGAAAUAUAGGUUUUCUAGUAAUCAAUUUCGCAAUUUUUUGUAUUUCCUGUAUUUUCUUGUUACCCGAAAUUACGAGAAAUUCAAAAAUUUGAAAUUUUGGAUGGAAAAAUAGUAGAUUUUGACCCGCUAGGUUUUCUAGUAAUCAAUUUUACAAUUUUUUGUAUUUCUUGUAUUUUCUUGUUACCUGAAAUUACGAGAAAUUCAAAAAAAUUCGAAAAUAUAUGCUUCCCAGUAGAUUUCGACACGAUUCCGUUGUCUAAAAUUGCAAAACACAACUUCUAACAUGAGUUAUGACGUGGCAAACUUCGGAAAUGGUUUUCAUCUAAUAUCAUGAAUGAAGUUUGAAUUAUGCACUGAAAAUUUUUUUUUUCAAAAUUUAUUACAAAAUGAAACGAGCCUCCUGAACAAUGCUAUGAUAUCAGAUGAAAGCGAGUGUUUUGACCUUCCAAAGUCGCAAAUUUCCGAAGUUUGCCACGUCAUAACUCAUGUUAGAAGUUGAGCUUUGCAAUUUUAGACAAUGGAAUCGUGAUCAGCGGGUCGAAAACUACUGGAAAUAUAUUUUUCCAUCCAAAAUUUCGAAUUUUUUGAAUUUCUCGUAAUUUCAGGUAACAAGAAAAUACAAGAAAUACAAAAAAUUGCAAAAUUGAUUACUAGAAAACCUAUAUUUCAUUAAAAUAGCAAGUUCACACCUAAAAAAGAUAAAAAAUCAACACAGACCCCAGAAUCAUCGAGUAUUUUUUUCAGUGCAAUUCUAUCAUCCCGCCUCCUCAACGAACGUCUAAAUCUACUUGGCUCAAUCGGUUGUGCACUUUGUCUACUCGGCUCCACUGUAAUCGUAAUUCAUUCGCCAAAAGAAGAAGAAGUGGGAUCGAUGGCUGAAUUGGCGUUGAAAAUGAAAGAUGCCGGAUUUCUGAUCUACGUGAUUCUGAUUCUCCUCGCCACCGCCUUCAUCAUUCUACACAUUUCACCCAGAUACGGUCACACCAAUAUUCUGGUCUAUAUUUCGGUUUGUUCACUGAUUGGCAGUUUGUCGGUUUUGUCGGUGAAAGGAUUGGGUUUGGCGAUCAAAGAGACGUUGAAUGGCAAUCAGCAGUUUACCAAUUGGUUGACGUAUUUUUGGUUGGCGUGUGUCGCGAUUUGUGUGUCAGUGCAGUUGGUGAGUUUUUUUGAAGUUCUGGAAAAAAUAUAGAUUUUCGAGUAAUCAAUUUUGCUAUUUUUUGAAUUUCUUGUAUUUUCUUGUUACCUGAAAUUACGAGAAAUUCAAAAAAUUCGAAAUUUUGGAGUAGAUUUGUAGAUUUCGACCAGCUGAUCAUGAUUCCAUUGUCUAAAAUUGCAAAACUCAACUCUUAAUAUGAGUUAUAACGUGAAAAAAGUUCAAAAUUUCAGGAUUUUGGCAGCUGAAAACUAUUGAGCUUUAAAAAUUGUUUUCAUGAUUUUUUCUAGAUUUUCCGACCUUUCUGAACAAUCCUAUGCUAUUGGAUUUGCAUGAAAAUAAUUUUUAAAGCUAGUUUUCAGCUCUCAAAAUCCCGAUUGACACGUCAUAACUCACGUUAUGAUAUUUUAGACAACGAAAUCGUGAUCAGCGGGUCGAAAUCUACUGGAAAUAUUUUUUCCCAUCCAAAAUUUCGAAUUUUUUGAAUUUCUCGUAAUUUCAGGUAACAAGAAAAUACAAGAAAUACCAAAAAUUGCAAAAAAAUACUAGUGAGAGUUAGAUUUUUUCGAAAUUCAAGAAAAAUCUCUGUUAGAUCUUCCAGAAUGUUCAGAAAAAUCUCCUAGACCUUCCUGAAUUUCCGCUGAUUCCAGAUUUACCUCAACAAAGCCCUCGACAUUUUCAACACAUCAAUGGUCACUCCCAUCUACUACGUCUUUUUCACCACAUUUGUCAUAUUGGCAUCAUCGAUUUUGUAUAAGGUAAGCGCCGUUUUGUGGGCGUGGCCCCCUUAUUCCCAAAAUUCCAGGAAUGGUCGUGUUUGGGAGCGUCUGAUGUGAUUGGAAAUUUUGUGGGAUUUUUGACGACGAUUAUUGGAAUUUUCCAGGUAGGCAGAUCUAAAAAUGAGCAAGACACAAAAAAAUUGAAAAAAAAUUUCAGAUGCAACUUUUCCGCGACGUGAACAUUUCACUAUAUCAAGUUCAACGUCUCGUCAGCCGACCAUCUGCAAAUCUAGGAUCUUCCGAUUUUUCAUCGUCAUCUACAAAUCUGGUCGAUGAUUACUGUAUGCGACAAUCGAACAACGGAAAUCGACGAACUGUUUAUACAUAA